AUGGAGAGCCACGAGGGCCGGCGCCAGCGGCGCCAGCUUGCUCACGGCGAAGCCCGCGCGGCCCGUGUACAGCCUGUAGUGGCCGCUGAUCCACAGAUUCAGGAAAUUCAUCCCGCACCACGCGAACGACGAGUGGCCCGACGGGAACGACUUGAACCCGUCCUGGAGCGCGCUUUCUCCGUACGGCGCGGUGCAGUCGGCGAUGGAGUACAGUCCCGGGGGCGGAGAGCUGGGCGACAGGCCGCAGCGGGCCAAAAAGUCUGGCCUGGGCCUGCCCACCUUGACUUUAAUAAAUUCGGUGACGAAUCCGGUGAGUCCCAGGGCCAAUGCCAGGGCAAGGCACGAAACGCUGGCCAAGUGGACCACGCGUUGUUUCUGCUGAUGCGCGGGUCGGGCACGUAG